AUGGCUCAAUGUCGUGCUUUCAUGUUGCUUAUGCUGGUUUUGUACGCCCAAGCUCAAGCCCAAGUCUCAGACGACUACUACUAUCCAGACCCAGCCCUGGACACUAAGGAACAGGAAGCGGUCUACUCGGUUUUGGAGGCGGCGAACCCUGAAGUCGACUGGCGGUCAGCCUACCCCUCCGACCUCUGCUCCGCGGGCCCCCAUGGCGUUGCCUGUGAUCCUGACUCAGCGAACAGCAGCCUCGCCCAUGUUACGAAGCUCAGCCUCGGUUGGGUUUCCGACUACUCCAACAACCCCCCUUGCUCCGCCACCAACGCCUCAUUCUCCCCUUCAAUCCUUAACCUCCCCUUUCUCAACUCCCUCUUCUUCUACCGCUGCUUUGUGGCCGAGAGUCGAAAUGGUACUUUUACCCUCCCUCCCUAUCUUGGCUCUCUAGGGCCUCAGCUCGAGGAGCUUGUCCUCCAUGAGAACACUGCCAUCUCCGGAGCGGUGCCUCAAGAGCUUGGUGCACUCGUUGGUCUCCGUCGUCUCGUGAUCUCAGGCUCGUUGCUUGCUGGCCCGGUGCCUUUCGAGCUCGGGAACCUUGCUCGCAUUGAGAAGAUAGAUUUGAGCAACAACGAGUUGAGUGGGUGUGUUCCCGAUUCCAUUGGUGGUUUAGGAGCUCUGGUGGUUCUUGACCUAAGCCGAAACAAUCUGAGCUGCACGAUUCCAUCUAGUCUGGGCAACCUUUCGAAGCUCUCCAAGCUUGAUUUGAGUGAGAAUGUGUUUUCUGGUGAGAUUCCGGCAGCCUUUGCCCGCUUGAUUAUUCUCGAGAUGCUUGAUCUUAGCCGGAACAAUCUUUCCGGCGGGUUUCCGUCCAUCAUCUCAAAAAUGCGUCAUUUGAGAGACCUUCAAUUGAGCGAGAACCCAUUGGGUGGCUCUUUGCCGGAUGAGAUAUGGCGCCAUUUGGUGGGUCUGGUGAGCCUGGGCGCAUCGAGAACAGACCUUGUUGGUGAGAUACCAAGCUCCAUGGGCGAGCUCCAUGGCCUCGCGCACUUGGCCCUGGACCACAACGCCCUAACUGGGUCCAUACCAUUCGAGCUCUCGCGACUCGAGAGCAUUCAACACAUGGACCUGAGCUCGAACAGGUUGACCGGCGUGGUUCCAUUCUCGGCUGAUUUCGUUGGGAGAUUGGGGCCGAAGCUGCGGCUCGAGGGCAAUGCCGGGUUGUGUUGUGGCUCGGAGAUGACACCUUCUUUUGCUAUGAGGCUCGAUUUCGGGGGCUGCUCGGCUGCGAGCAUGGGCCAGUCUCUGAUAGAUCGUGGCUCCAUCCACGGCUCUCAUGGUUCGCGCCCUUUGGUCAAGAGCUCCCUUCUCCUCUUUGGAGCUCUGCUUUUUGUUCUGGUUUGGUGUUUGAAUUGGUUCUGA